AACAUUCUUAACUCACACACAACUACACAAGCGACAAAUCUAGCGUUUUGCUUUGAUCAUGGCUUCCAUUUCUUCUCUUCAAUCUCUGAGCUAUUCAUCCGCUCACUUCAACGGCUCGCGAUUGCCUGUCGAUCGUCUCCGUUCGCCGCCAUCUAGAGUCAGCUUCCGUCCACUCCGUGUCUCCGCCGCUUGCGCCACGACUGCCGAGAGAACAACAGUGUCUGACAUUGCAUCGCCGGGAUCACUUUACGAAGUGCUCGGGAUUCAGAUGGGCGCCACUUGUCAAGAGAUCAAGGCUGCUUAUCGGAGACUAGCAAGAGUUUUGCAUCCUGAUGUUGCAACUACCAGUCAAAAGGAGGAGACGACGUACGAAUUCAUAAAAAUACACGAAGCUUAUGAAACUCUGUCAGAUCCGGAGAAAAGAGCCGAUUAUGACCGCUCGCUAUUCUGGCGAAGGCGGCAGAUGAGUUCUCCGUUUGUGACGUCAGCGGCUGCAACCAAAAUGUCGAGUUCUUCAGUUUCUGGGUUUUCCGGGUAUACAAGGCAGAGAUGGGAAACCGAUCAGUGCUGGUAGGAGAAAAAGCCAAUAAAUGGUCUGUUUGGUUAUAAUUGAUAGUGAAUUAUGGGACUGAUGGAUCUAAUUUUCAAUUGAUUAGAUUAGGAUAGUAGAAUUAAUAGCCAGGGAAAACUCAUAUCCGUUUGAGUAUUGUAUAUAGCUAGGAUAUGAUUCCAUCUGUAACAUGAAAACAGGCGUCAUUUUUUCAGCCCGUCGAUCAAUUUAAAGCAACUAUUAUUUUCCCAGAAAA